UAUUAUAAAUAGCUCUUGUACAAUAUCGUGAAGUCACUUUGUUGGCGAAAUCAGAUCAUCCUGCUAGUAGGGGCGCUGGAAUAGCUGCACUACCGGUAUCCUACCAGAUCAGACAUCGGAUUCAUAGAUUUCCACGUAUGUAGCAGCGGAAACUGAGCGGUGCGCACUUCCGUCUUCAACGACAGUCACCCUCCGGAGGUUCCGCACUUCACCUCAAUCACAUUCUUCUUGGCCACAUGGAUGACCGGACCGGGAUCCUGCUGCAUUGCACCGUUAUCUAAUUCAGCUGGAGGUAGUUUGUGACACGCGGCAUGCGCUAGUGACUAGUGGUGGAAGAUUAUCCGUCUACAACUUACAAGUCUAGGAGAAGGAGAGCAUGGAUUCGGACCAAGAAGACGAACUGCUUUUAAACAACAGUGAAACUGACAACAAGCCCCAUGAUAAGGUGUCGCUGUUGCCCAGUCAGGCAGCAAAGGCACCACCAGCAGAUGCAGAUUCACUGUCGCGCUGGCACCAGUCCAAUCAUCCCCAGCAUCUCAAGCAAAAUGGCUACUAUACGGCUGGGGAUGUCAUCGAAUAUAUCGGUGUAUGUGCUCACCAAUAUGAGCUGCUCUUCCUCCUCUGUGCUACAGCGCUGGUGCAUGGAAUGGACACCACGUUCUUCACGUUUGUACCGAUGUAUGCUGGCUGUAACUUCAAUCUCUCUCUAGUCGAGCAAACUUUAGUCUCUGUGAUAUACCUGGCAGGUCUGUUCUGUGGGUCGCUUGCAUUUGGCUUUAUCUCUGACGUCGCCGGAAGAAAGCUGUCCCUGGUGGCAGCGACAACACUACUGGUUGUGGUCUCCUCGCUAGUCCUGUUCACCUACACCAGUACACUGCUGCUGAUCUUCAGGUUUGUGUCCGGCUUUGCCAUCGGCGGCAUGAACAUCAGGACAACGUGGAUGUUUGAAAGUUUACCAAUUCGCCGACAUCAAGAAGCACUGCUGACGAUGGUGACACUUUGGCAAGUGGGCAUGAUGAUAGAGAUUCCGCUGUUGCUACUGGCUGGACGCAGGUGGCCAUGGCUGGUGAUAGGCAUUCACCUUCCGCUCCUUAUUAUCCUCAACUUUCUACUGCUGGCAUCCGAAUCACCCCGUUUCCUCGGAGAGCAGAGGCUCUUUGAUGAUGCCUACAGCGUGCUGGCAAAGUUUGCCCAGCGUCGCCAGAUUGCCCUGCCGCAAGUUAAUCUGAUCACCGAAGCGGAGAAGUCAGCACUGGAACGGAGGAAGAAGCAGGAAGGAGACGAGCCUGAUGGAUCGGUUCAGGAGCAACUAGCAGAAGUGGAGGAAAAGGACGAGACUUUCAUUUCGGAAAUGCUGCGGAAAGGCGAUAGACGCAAGACUACACUGCUUCUGGGUGUGACUUGGUUUACCAUGUACUUCUGUUUCUUUGGACAUCACCUGGCUACUGUGGAAUGGUUUGAGUUGCUGCGGGAGAGGAGAGAAAUGAAGGUGACUAACAUGUUCAUGUGGCACAAUGCUCUGAUGCCGUGCGUUGUCUUCGGCUGGAAAGAUUUCCUAGCACUCGUGCUUGUAUCAGUGUGCGCACUACCAGGUGUCCUGUUCUUUUUGACGCUGAUGAAGCGAUCUGGUCGGCGGAAGGCUAUGUGGAUCACCGCCCUUUCUGCUUCUGCUACUGUUCUGCCUCUCGCCUUUGUGCCUCAACUUGGAAGGAUUGGCACGACAGUGGUACUGAGCGCACAGCGUGCUGCUGUAUCAGCCACCAUCCAGAUACUACUGGUCUACACAGCCGAGGUGUAUCCUACACACUUGAGGAGCUUUGCGAAUGGCUCUCUGCUUGCUUUUGGCCUGCUUGGUGCCAUGAUGUCUCCAUGGGCUGCAACUUUGCUACUACAGAACGCAACCAUUCUCGGGACUGUCACGUUUGGUGCUGCGUUCAUUGUGGCCGGCUUGGCAAGCUACAACCUGCCCCUGGAGAGCCAUGGUCAACUUCUAGAGGACUAAUGCGCAACAACACAGUGAAGACACCCUGCGUCUGUAUGUACACUGAGUUGUCAUACCACGCCCAGGACGCUGCAGUAUAUCUACCUGUAGCAACUUGACGCAGAGCCACACCUAUAUUAGGGUACAUGUACAUCGGGGUUAGGGACAUAUAUGGUGAGGAGACACACCUAGGCCUAGCUGUCAUUUCAUUGUGCUAUAUUUAUGGCACUAUAAAUGUUUUUAAUUUAUUAACAAUUCCUAGUUGGAACAACCAACUACUUAACAAUUACAAUAUGGUAUAUUGUCCUGAUUAUGACCUGCAAUGCUAUAAUAUUUCUGUGAAGCUGGAGCAAAGAGAAUGGAGGAAAAAUUCUUACACGCUGCACCGCCGGGCUUUCUAAAACAAACUCGAGCAGUUCGUGAUUUGUGUUCAGCUUUCGUACAGCUGUGUUCCACGAGUGCCCGGCAAUUUCUGGAGCAUGGUCUCAUUUUGUGGAAUCAACUUGGGCAGCUCUCCAAGACUGAUAUAGCACGGGGUUGUGUUUUCAUGUUCUCUGGAUUUCAAGAUUUCGGUUUCUGAAAACAGUUAGAUCUUCCUUCCACUGUUAGAGUGAGUGACUGAUAACGUGAUAAUGUUCUUUGGCCUUGUGAUGGUAUAGCUUGACCUGCUUCGACAAUGUGUACAUGCCAGUUUAGUAAAAAACCCAAUCCCGCCCCCAUAUGGCUUACAGGACCGUGCUCUUAUUUUCGAAUUCAAUAUGACCACUGUGACAUCCGA